CUGCUAACGUGCGCGGAAACCUGCGCUCCGACCAAUGGCAGCGCGUUUUACUGGGCGCGUACCCAGCUGCAGCUACGCCCAAUAGACGAGAGACUUCUUGUUUCCUGGCAGAGCGGGGUCCCGGCACCGCAGCGCUCGGGUUUUGUGUGGGUCCCGGGUGGAGGACCCGGGUGCCGGGACCCGAGGUGCCGCCUCGCUAGCGGGAGAGGGAGCAGGAGCAGCGGCCUGGAGAGAGGGGUGCUGAGGACACCCAUUACCCCCAGGGGAGCUUUUGCCUGAGCUCCAGUGUGUCUACAGGGCGGGAGGAUGGAAACAGACCCAUGCCCUAAUUGGAACUGAGCUGCAGUGCAGCUCUCGGGGCCAGAGUGGGGCAAGAGGAUGCUUUCCCAGUCCCAUCAUGGAGCUACGCUGUGGGGGAUUGCUGUUCAGUUCUCGCUUUGACUCAGGGAACCUAGCCCAUGUAGAGAAGGUGGAAACUGUGUCCAGUGAUGGGGAAGGACUAGGAGGGGGGGCUUCAGCCCCCACUGGUGCCAUUGCUGCUUCCCCUGACUACGAGUUCAAUGUGUGGACCCGGCCAGACUGUGCUGAAACAGAAUUUGAAAACGGGAACAGGUCAUGGUUCUACUUCAGUGUCCGGGGAGGAACUCAAGGGAAACUCAUCAAGAUCAAUAUCAUGAACAUGAACAAGCAAAGCAAACUGUAUUCCCAGGGCAUGGCCCCCCUUGUGCGCACACUGCCUUCCCGGCCACGCUGGGAACGCAUUCGAGACCGACCCACCUUUGAGAUGACAGAGACACAGUUUGUGCUAUCCUUUGUUCACCGUUUCGUAGAGGGCCGGGGGGCCACCACCUUCUUCGCCUUCUGCUACCCCUUCUCCUACAGUGACUGCCAGGAUUUGCUAAACCAGCUAGACCAGCGCUUUCUGGAGAAUCACCCUACCCAUAGCAGUCCUCUGGAUACCAUCUAUUACCACCGGGAGCUCCUCUGCUAUUCUUUGGAUGGACUUCGUGUAGAUCUACUAACAAUCACUUCUUGCCAUGGGCUUCAGGAAGAUCGAGAGCCCCGUCUAGAGCAGCUAUUUCCUGACACCAGCACCCCCCGACCAUUCCGCUUCACAGGCAAAAAGAUAUUCUUCUUAAGCAGUAGGGUACAUCCUGGAGAGACUCCAUCUAGCUUUGUCUUCAAUGGUUUUCUGGACUUUAUUCUUCGACCUGAUGAUCCCAGAUCUCAAACCCUACGUCGCCUCUUUGUCUUUAAGUUGAUUCCCAUGUUGAACCCUGAUGGUGUGGUCCGGGGCCAUUACCGCACAGACUCACGUGGAGUGAAUCUGAACCGUCAGUACUUGAAGCCUGAUUCAGUUCUGCACCCAGCCAUCUAUGGGGCUAAAGCUGUGCUUCUCUACCAUCACAUGCACUCUGGUCUGAACUCCCAGAAUCCCUCUGAGCAUCGGCCCAGUCCUCAUCUCCCUCCUGAUGCUCCUCUUUCUGACCUCAAGAAAACCAAUAAUCUCCACAAUGAAGCUCACCUUGGACAGUCACCUGAUAGGGAAAGCCCUGCAACCUGGACCAAAACACAGCCAGCAGAAGAAAAGGCUGACAUUGUAUGGAUUGUGCCACAACAGUCUACUGAGGAACCAGCCCCUGAUACCAUCUCCCCAAAAGAGAGUGGCGUUGCUUACUAUGUGGACUUGCAUGGACAUGCUUCUAAACGGGGCUGCUUCAUGUAUGGAAACAGCUUUAGUGAUGAGAGCACCCAGGUGGAAAACAUGCUAUAUCCAAAGCUCAUCUCCUUGAAUUCAGCCCACUUUGACUUCCAGGGCUGCAAUUUCUCAGAGAAGAAUAUGUAUGCCCGAGACCGUAGAGAUGGCCAGUCCAAAGAGGGAAGCGGCCGUGUUGCAAUCUACAAAGCCUCAGGGAUAAUCCACAGCUACACACUUGAAUGCAACUACAACACUGGACGCUCAGUAAACAGCAUCCCUGCUGCCUGCCAUGACAAUGGGCGUGCCAGCCCCCCUCCCCCGCCGGCUUUCCCCUCCAGAUAUACUGUGGAACUAUUUGAGCAGGUUGGACGAGCUAUGGCCAUCGCAGCUUUGGACAUGGCAGAAUGUAAUCCAUGGCCCCGAAUUGUGCUAUCAGAACAUAACAGCCUCACUAACUUGCGGGCCUGGAUGCUAAAACACGUGCGCAACAGCCGAGGCCCGAGCAGCACUGUGAAUGUGGGUGUGAGCAAGAAGAGAGGCUCUCGAACUCCUCCUAAAAGUAACAAUGGAUUGCCCAUUUCUUCCGAAAACACCGUGAGCCGGGCUCGAAGUUUUAGCACUGGCACAAGUACUGGUGGUAGCAGCAGCAGCCAACAAAAUUCUCCACAGAUGAAGAACUCCCCCAGCUUUCCCUUUCAUGCCAGUCGGCCUGCAGGGUUGCCGGGCCUAAGCUGUAGCACCCAAAAGGUCAGCCACCGGGUGCUAGGCCCUGUCAGAGAGCCCCGAUGUCAGGACCGAAGACGGAGGCAGCAGCCACUAAACCAGCGCCCUAUUGCAAGCAGUCUGGCCCCAUCCCUAAUUCCUGCCAGUUCUGGUCCAGUCUCCUCACACAACUUGGGCUCCUGCAUAUUGCCCAAUUCACUCAGCUUACCAGGGAGCAGCUGCCCAUUCUCAUCUCCAGGGGACAAGCCAGAGGCUGUCAUGGUGAUUGGGAAAGGCCUGCUAGGGACUGGUGCUCAGAUCCCCUGUAUCAGGACUCGUUUGCAGGUUAGGCCCAGGUUGGGCCGGGGCUCACCGCCGACUCACAGAGGGAUGAGAGGCUCUUCAGGCCCCACAUCCCCAAUACCCCAGACCACAGAAAGCAGUGAGCUGGAGCCGGGACCCCACUCUGCUGCACCAGGGCUGCCUCAGGCCGUCCCCCCACGGCCCCGAUCUGCCCCUGUCUUUUCUAUUUCCUGUACUCUAUCUGACUCCCCAUCCGGGAUUUGUUACAACAGGGGGCCCUUGAGCCAACCUGAGGUUUGUUUUGUCCCUAAAUCUCCCCCAAUCACUAUUUCCCCCAGGGUCUGAUAAAGCCUUUGCCUUCAUGCCCAGAAUAUAGCCCUAAGGUGGGAAACAGGUGAAAUGAUAUGCUAGUCCCCUUAUUUGGCUGAUUCCAUGUGACAAUAACUCCUUGGGAUGUCAGCCACACUGUCCAAGGCUUUGCAGAACAUCAUUUUGAAACAGGACAAAUGGGGACUUGUCACCCCUUCCAUCCCUCCACAGCACAAGAUUUUGGGACCACAAUAUAUAUAUAUUUUUGUAUUGGUGGGAGGGAGUAGAGAAGAAAGUAGCCCUUAUACUGGGCCCUAUUCAUUGGCAGCUUCUUGUUCCAUAGGUUUAAGGAAGACUUUGAGGAAAUAAAAGUUGUUUGGAAAAA